AUGUCGUUCUUCGAAGACACGCCAUUAUUCGGGACGGAUAUUGACAGCACGCUAGACAUCAUCACUUGGCUCGGCAUCGGGGGCGCCAUUGCGGUCGUAUAUCGUGCCUUCAGCCACGCGCUCUGGAAGCUCCACCACGAGCGCUCAGGUCGACAUGCGCGGGUCAAGGAGCGAGCGGUUGUAGUAUUCGUGGCCGUGGCCAUCCUGUCUUUCAUCAUCGUGCAUUGGCUUCGCCUGCAGCACCGCAAGCUGAAGCUCGCGAGUUGGGACGAGAUCCAGCAAUGGAGGCAGCAGCUUCCGCAUGUCCCCGUCAUCGGUAAGGAGGCGAGACGGGUUGAUAUGCCGUUCAUGAAGACUGCGACGGAUAUGGUGUCUGAUCUUCCGGAUAAAGCCCGCUCGCUCGGUGCCACUAUCACGGACAACCUCCCCUCUUACGAACAGAUGACCGACGGAGCCAGGCACGGGUACCACAGCGGUUCCAGUCUAUCCAGUCAAGCCAGUGAAGCAGCAAAGGCCGCUGGAAGUACCAUCGAUGCUCUGACUAGUGCUCACCCGCCAAGCAUUCACGAGCUGAAGCAGCAAGCCUGGGCGAAAGGCCAGGAGAAAGGGCGCGAAGUGAAGAAGCAUCUGUGGCAGAAGGGCAAGGAAUUGGCUGACGGAGCUGUCCCGGCGGCAGAGCGAGGGUGGCACUUCCUCAGAAGAAAAGCUCCGCAGGUAGCCGGAGAAGCUUCCGAAGGCGCCAAGCAUAUCGCCAGCGAGCUCUGGGAGUGGUUUCACGAAGAGGCCACCUUGUCCGAACGUAUCAUACAUCGCUUCCCGUGGAUCGAGGAGCACUUUGUGCAGAGGGUCAGUAUCUGGGACUUCUUCAAGUCGCUGCUGGAACCUCGACUGCGAUAUUUUUGGACGCAGCAGUGGCUUGCUGGGUAUAUCACGUGGUCGAUCUUCGUAGGGUUGGAGUCCCGCUACCGGAAGUUCACCCCAGGCACGGCACUGGCCUUUAUGGUACUGAGUUGGUGCUUCAGUCUCGCGACCAUGCAGUCGCUCUACUUCGCAUUGAUAUUGCUUCGGCCUGACACCUGGGGCUCCACAAGGCAACGCUAUGUGCCGACAAAGAUGCUCGUGCUACUGCCGACUGUAGCGGAGCUUCUGAUUCUGGUAUGGUUGCCAGACCAAUUGCAUCGAGGCCACGGCGACCGCAUGCGCGUACUGAAUGCGUUGCAAACGAUAUUAAUGGUCGGGCCGUGGAUCAUGGCUGAGGUGCUGCAAACCAGAGUUUCAGGGUUGCUCUCCAGUCGAUUCGGAAGGGGUUACUUUCCUACCAAGGCGAGGCGCAUGCUGAGAACCACUUGGUACAUCAUCGGAAUCUGCUGUAUCGUCGGGCACUCUGUGACGAUCUAUGCUGUCUUCUUCCGGCCGCAGCCCAGUAGCAAGUCAUGGCUUUCGUGGAAUGAGCGCCAUAAGGAAGCCGCCUCUGUACGCUCGCUUGUGUCCGUCCUCACGACUUUUGGUGACCAUCCUUGGCAUGAUGCCGUUUGCUGGGACGUUUUACUGUCAGCAUUAACCUUGAGUAUCUGGGCGGCAGUCAGUUCUUCAAAUGUAAGCGAGAUGAUCCAAUGCGCAGUUUGGCCAUGGUUGGAGGAGACCGUCGACGAGGUCAAAGGCCUGACGGACUACUACUACGACUCUAUGCGGGACAACUUCGAGAUGUUCAAGUAUAUGGUUGAAUACGAACCCGCAGACAACGAGGCCGACGACCGUGCAGAUGUGUCCUGGUGGUUGAUGGCGGAGCUGAGGAAGUUCGGACUCAACGCUGAACAUCUAGUCGAGGGUAUGCUUGACGGUCGUGAUCACGGACUUGAGCAUCUGCACGAGAAGGGCAGAGAAGCUGUGGAAAGCGCCGUCUCGUUCUUGUGGGAAAAUCGUGACGUUGACCGAACCUAUGCGCACCAGAUGCAGAGGGAACAAGCGGAGAUGCAGGCACUUGGCUGGGACGGAGAAGAUAGAAAGGGCUACCGGGAAAUGGCUUGGCGUGCAAGACGCGGAGGGUUGGCCAGAACCGGAAGGGGAGUGUACAGCCGUCAAGCUUCAGCAGAUGGUGAUGCCGAAGUUGAGCUGAUUGACGACAAAGAUGAGGAAGACGGCUGGGCGGAAGAUCCUCGGAAGAAAGCCCGCUCAAUUUGGAAACGAGGAAGAGGACGGCCACCGAAGACCAGCAGAUCACCAUCGGCCGAAGGCAGGAAGCAGCCAGUCUCACGCAAGAGCUCACGUUUUACAAGCAGAAGUCCAGCACCAAGCAGACGAGCAUCGAGUCGUUCACGGACCAGAGCUAAUGGAAGGCCAGAAAAUGGCGGCCUUAAGAGAGUGGCCAGCAGUGGUCGCAAGAUGAUGCACAGAAUGCAGCAACAACUGCCGCCGACAGCAAACCUUCGUGUCUCGCGCGAGACGGUCCGGGAUGCUGUUAACAGCGCGGAAGGGGCGGUGUUAGCCUGGGGAUUCUUCGUGGUUGGUGGGCUUGGGCUGGCAAGCGUGAGUGUCUACGGUGCCGACGAGAUCCAUCAGGAGAAGUAA